GGGGUCUGGCCAGACAACAACAAGGUGCAUACAGGAUGUGGACUUUGGUGGUGUUCCCUCUGCUUUUAUGCGUCUUCACACCAGGUCAUGAAGCUGCUGGAACUUGUGCUGCAUGUACUGACACGUACGACAACGCUGGAACAGAUGAUGACUGUGGACAUCUGAAAACGUACCUAGACUGUCUCGAGACUGCGGCGGGAACUUCAGCUGGAUGUGACCUGUCAACAGCUCAGGCGACGACAAUCAAAGAUGCAACUUGCGACCAAGUUUUGGUUUCGCCCUGUACAUGCCAAAAGACAUUCUGGGGAAGCGAUCUGUCCGGGAACAACGCUUGCGGGCCUCUUGAGACUUACAUCCAAUGUCUCACUGAUGCAGGAGAUAAAGAUACAUGCGCGACUGGAGUCAUAGCCUCUGCUAUAAUAGACAAGCCCAAGGGGAGACUUACAGCUCUCACAUGUAAUACCGCAGUUUCCACCCUGGGAAUGUACAGUACGAGUGUUCUGCUCCCCUUCGUCCUGAUGACGUUUUUUUGUUAACCCCAAACAAUCGCAAUACAAACCUGCUUUUGAAAUGUUUGUAGUUGGUUUGCAACGUUACAGUUCUUGUUGAACAUUACUGUUCUUGACAUUGAUAGAACUUCCUGUAAUUCACAUGAUACGAUGCGCAUUAAAAUGUGAAGCGAAAACGAAUACAGAGUCUUCAAACUGAUUCAAGGGGCAAAAUGACUUGUAAUCAACUUAAUUAGGCCAACCUGAUGACGUUUACUGAUGACGUGGUUCCCCCUAAGAGGCCACUGACGAAUAGUAAAUGCCAUCAACUCUUUGAUAGCAGAAGUAAAGCAUAAUGUAUUCAUGAUUUCCUCUUUCCCAAUUAUGCUUAACAUUAGUUUUUAAAAUGUACUGAACUAUC